CCCUCUGUGCCCGGGGACCACCUGCCCACACCUGUCCAUCCCUGUGGUCGCUGGGCGGCACAGCCACGCCCGCGGGCAGCUCUGGCGCAGGCGCAGCUCACCCUACCGCAGGCAGGGGGCGUCAACAUGGCGGAGGAGUAACAGCGGCGUCUGCUCCCAUCAUAACAACGCCAGCUGCAGCAGCAGUCAUCCCGUUACCCGGCGACAGUGACCCGCUACAGCCCUGCCCGGUGGCCCGGCCACGGAAGGCGUUGGAUGUGCGGCUGGCAGGCAGGUGGUGCACUGAGAGUGAUGGAGGGGGUCUCCGCCAGGAUCCAUACCCCGGGGACCGUGGAUUAGCCAGCCAGCCUGCUCUCACCCGCUGGUGUUCCUCUCCCCGCAUCUCUGACUGUCUCGGGUGAUCGCUGUGACCGCUACCCAGAGGGUGUAGAGAGCGGCUGCCCGGCAUCCCCCCCCCCCCCUCCCCCCGCUGUGCCAGUGGCGGAGAGAUGGCAAGUGACAAGCCGCUGGUGGGGGCCGGCUGCCCGGACAGGGAUCCCCCGGGUGGCUCGGGUUCCAUGGUGCUGCCGGGCGGGGUGAUCAACCCGUCCGUGCCCAUCCGCAACAUGAGGAUGAAAUUCGCCGUCCUCAUCGGGCUCAUCCAGGUCGGGGAGGUCAGUAACCGGGACAUCGUGGAGACCGUGCUCAACCUGCUGGUCGGUGGAGAGUUUGAUCUGGAGAUGAAUUUUAUCAUUCAAGAUGCAGAGAGUAUUACCUGCAUGUCGGAGCUGCUGGAGCACUGUGACGUUACAUGCCAGGCUGAGAUCUGGAGCAUGUUUACAGCCAUUCUACGGAAGAGUGUCCGGAACCUGCAGACCAGCACUGAGGUCGGCCUCAUUGAGCAAGUGCUGCUGAAGAUGAGCUCUGUAGAUGAUAUGAUUGCAGAUCUUCUGGUUGACAUGUUGGGAGUGCUUGCCAGCUACAGCAUCACAGUCAAGGAGCUGAAGCUUCUGUUCAGCAUGCUGCGGGGAGAGAAUGGGAUCUGGCCGAGGCAUGCGGUUAAAUUGUUAUCAGUCCUCAAUCAGAUGCCACAGAGACACGGGCCUGACACGUUCUUCAAUUUCCCAGGACGGAGUGCGGCAGCUAUUGCACUGCCUCCUAUUGCCAAGUGGCCUUAUCAAAAUGGUUUCACUCUGAACACGUGGUUUCGUAUGGAUCCAUUAAACAAUAUAAAUGUUGACAAGGAUAAACCUUACCUCUAUUGUUUCCGCACCAGUAAAGGUGUUGGUUAUUCUGCACACUUUGUGGGUAACUGUUUGAUAGUCACUUCCCUGAAAUCUAAAGGAAAAGGUUUCCAGCACUGUGUGAAGUACGACUUCCAGCCGCGCAAGUGGUACAUGAUCAGCAUAGUACACAUCUAUAACCGCUGGAGAAACAGUGAAAUCCGCUGCUAUGUAAAUGGACAGCUCGUAUCUUAUGGGGACAUGGCCUGGCAUGUCAACACGAACGAUAGUUAUGACAAAUGCUUCCUCGGCUCAUCAGAAACCGCUGAUGCAAACAGAGUAUUCUGUGGUCAGCUCGGAGCAGUAUACGUCUUCAUAGAGGCUUUAAAUCCCGCUCAGAUCUUUGCCAUACACCAGCUUGGACCGGGUUAUAAGAGUACAUUUAAAUUUAAAUCUGAGAGUGAUAUUCACCUGGCUGAGCACCACAAGCAGGUUCUGUAUGAUGGAAAACUAGCAAGCAGUAUAGCAUUUACUUACAACGCAAAGGCCACGGACGCCCAGCUCUGCCUUGAAUCGUCACCAAAGGAAAAUCCUUCUAUAUUUGUGCAUUCACCCCAUGCAUUAAUGCUACAGGAUGUAAAAGCUAUUGUAACGCACUCAAUACACAGUGCAAUCCAUUCAAUCGGGGGCAUCCAGGUUCUCUUUCCGCUAUUUGCACAGCUAGACAAUCGGCAGCUGAACGACAGUCAGGUGGAAACCACGGUUUGUGCGACCCUCCUGGCUUUCCUGGUGGAGCUGCUGAAGAGCUCGGUGGCCAUGCAGGAGCAGAUGCUCGGGGGAAAAGGCUUCUUAGUCAUUGGCUACCUUUUGGAAAAGUCCUCCCGGGUUCACAUAACUAGAGCCGUGUUGGAACAGUUUCUGUCAUUCGCAAAGUACCUGGACGGAUUGUCUCAUGGGGCACCUUUACUUAAGCAGCUUUGUGAUCACAUCCUCUUCAACCCUGCCAUCUGGAUACACACUCCAGCAAAGGUGCAGCUUUCACUGUACACCUAUUUAUCGGCUGAAUUUAUCGGCACUGCCACGAUAUACACCACCAUCCGUAGGGUGGGAACAGUAUUACAGCUCAUGCACACUCUGAAAUAUUACUACUGGGUUGUAAAUCCUACAGACAGUAGCGGGAUUAAUCCCAAAGGCCUUGAUGGCUCCCGACCGUCUCAAAAGGAAAUCAUUUCAUUACGUGCGUUUAUGUUACUUUUCCUGAAACAGUUGAUUCUUAAGGAUCGAGGGGUGAAGGAAGACGAGCUUCAGAGCAUUUUAAAUUACCUGCUGACAAUGCAUGAGGAUGAGAAUAUUCAUGAUGUUCUGCAGCUGUUGGUGGCUCUAAUGUCUGAACAUCCCGCUUCAAUGAUACCUGCAUUUGAUCAGAGGAAUGGAAUACGGGUCAUUUAUAAAUUGCUAGCUUCUAAAAGCGAAAGUAUCCGUGUGCAAGCACUGAAAGUCCUUGGGUAUUUUCUAAAGCACCUUGGCCACAAACGGAAAGUGGAAAUCAUGCACACGCACAGUCUUUUCACGCUGCUUGGAGAGAGGCUGAUGCUCCAUACCAACACCGUGACCGUCACAACAUACAACACGCUGUAUGAGAUACUCACAGAGCAGGUUUGCACACAAGUGGUCCACAAGCCUCAUCCAGAGCCAGAUUCAACUGUGAAAAUUCAGAAUCCCAUGAUUCUGAAGGUAGUCGCCACACUGCUAAAGAACUCCACUCCUAGUUCUGACCUGAUGGAAGUGAGACGCCUGUUCCUGUCUGACAUGAUCAAGCUUUUCAGCAACAGUCGGGAGAAUCGAAGGUGCCUCCUGCAGUGCUCCGUGUGGCAGGACUGGAUGUUCUCUCUUGGAUACAUCAAUCCCAAGAAUUCUGAGGAGCAGAAGAUCACAGAGAUGGUUUACAACAUUUUCCGGAUACUUCUGUAUCAUGCCAUCAAGUAUGAAUGGGGAGGCUGGAGAGUCUGGGUGGACACGCUCUCUAUAGCUCACUCUAAGGUCACUUAUGAAGCUCAUAAGGAAUAUUUGGCAAAAAUGUAUGAAGAGUAUCAAAGACAGGAGGAGGAGAACAUCAAGAAGGGCAAGAAGGGGAAUGUGAGCACCAUCUCUGGACUUUCAUCCCAAGCGGUGGCAGCUAAAGGCGGGCUGGAAAUCCGAGAAAUCGAGGACCUCUCACAGAGCCAGAGUCCGGAAAGUGAGACCGAUUACCCGGUCAAUUCAGACACCAGAGAUUUGCUGAUCGCAACUAAAAUUUCUGAUGAUACAAUCACCAUCACCGAUAGGCCAUCAGGUGGGGUACGGGUGGAGGUGCAUGACCUGUUAGUGGACAUCAAAGCAGAGAAGGUUGAAGCCACGGAGGUCAAACUUGAUGAUUUGGAUUUGUCACCAGAAACACUAGUCAGUGGGGAAAACGGUGCUCUUGUUGAAGUAGAGUCCUUAUUGGAUAACGUCUACAGUGCAGCUGUAGAGAAACUACAAAACAAUGUUCACGACAGUGUUGGUAUUAUAAAAGAGAAUGAAGAAAAAGAUGGCCCUCUAAUUACAUUAGCGGACGAGAAAGACCAAACCACUUCUAACAAUACCUCAUUUCUUUUUGAUAAAAUGACGCAUUCAGAUGACAAACUGUUGCCAGAACUGACUAGUGGUAACCACAUAACCAUAGGCAAUGUCCAGGAUGCUCAUGUCCAUAUCGGUGUUAAUGAUGACCUUGGCCUGCUAGCUCACAUGACCGGCAGUGUUGACCUAACUUGUGCGGCAGCUGUACUUGCAGACAAGGAUUUUAAAAUUCAUACAACGGCUGAUAGUUUGAGCAGCAUUUCUGAUAGAGAGUUGGCUUCAUCCUCUAAAAGUCUAGAAUAUGCUCAAAUGACUGCGACCACUCUGGAAACUGAAUCUUCUGCUAGCAAAUCCAUAGCAAAUAUGGAUGCCAGUAGUACAGUGUCUGAUACAGAGAGGUCCGAUGAUGGGCGCGACCUCGGGAAAGAAAUCAAGAAAAUUCAAACCACUACAACCACAACACAGGCUGUCCAAGGUCGCUCAAUGAGCCAACAAGAACGGGACUUGCGUGUUGACUUGGGAUUCCGUGGCAUGCCGAUGACUGAGGAACAGCGCCGUCAGUUCAGCCCUGGUCCGCGUACCACUAUGUUCCGCAUUCCUGAGUUUAAGUGGUCCCCAAUGCACCAGCGUCUCCUCACAGAUCUGCUCUUUGCUUUAGAGACUGAUGUGCAUGUUUGGAGAAGUCAUUCAACAAAAUCAGUCAUGGACUUUGUCAAUAGCAACGAAAACAUUAUCUUUGUUCACAACACCAUCCACCUGAUCUCACAGAUGGUCGACAAUAUCAUUAUUGCUUGUGGAGGGAUAUUGCCUUUAUUGUCUGCCGCCACAUCUCCAACUGGUUCUAAGGUUAGUAUAACUGAUACUGAGCUGGAGAACAUUGAAGUGACACAGGGUAUGUCAUCGGAGACAGCAGUGACUUUCCUCAGCCGGCUCAUGGCCAUGGUCGACGUCCUGGUUUUUGCCAGCUCUCUGAAUUUCAGUGAGAUUGAAGCAGAGAAAAACAUGUCUUCUGGUGGCCUAAUGCGACAGUGCCUGAGGCUUGUUUGCUGUGUAGCUGUACGAAACUGCUUGGAGUGCCGGCAGCGACAGCGCGAGCGGGUUACUAAGCCCAUGGCCAGCAGUAAGAUCCAGGACAACCUACAGAGUAUACCAGCUUCUAACCCCACAAAGACCACUGUAGACAGCGUUCCCAGUAACCUUUCGCCAAUAAAGGACCCUGAUCGACUUCUCCAAGAUGUUGAUAUUAAUCGUCUGCGGGCCGUCGUGUUUCGUGAUGUGGAUGACAGUAAACAAGCUCAGUUCCUCGCCCUGGCAGUCGUGUACUUCAUAUCUGUAUUAAUGGUGUCUAAAUACCGUGAUAUACUGGAACCUCAGCGGGAGACUGCGCGUUCCGCAAGCCAGACUGCUCGUAACAUCAGACAGGAAAUUAACUCUCCAACGAGUACAGACACACCGGCCCUGUUUCCAGACAUCAAAGAGAAGGAAACCCCAACGCCGAUCGAAGAACUUCACUUACAGAGCUCCAUUCCUCACACCGACUCCGGCAUUGGAGAAGAACACAUCAGCAGCAUAUUAAACGGAACUGAUCUAGAUACCAGUAUAAGCCCAGACUUUAUGGGGGAGUUACUGUCUACGCUAUCUGAUGUGAAGAAGUCACAGGAAAGUCUGACCGAGAGCCCAAGUGAAUUGCUGAAACCAACUCCCUCCAUAUCUAGCAUCAGCCAAAGCAAAGGCAUCAAUGUCAAGGAGAUCCUCAAAAGCCUGGUGGCUGCUCCCUUUGAAAUGGCAGAGGCUGGGCCUGACCCCGUACCCUACCCUGAUCCUGCACUAAAAAGGGAAGCCCAAGUCAUUCUUCCCAUGCAGUUUCAUUCAUUUGACAGAAGUGUGGUGGUGCCUGUGAAGAAGCCUCCACCUGGUAGUUUAGCUGUGAACACAGUCGGAGCUGCUAGCGGUGGCAGCCUAACCCCAAGCACAACACCAAAUAUAUUUGCUGCUACUGGAGCAACACCCAAAAGUAUGAUCAAUACAACAGGUGCAGUGGAUUCGGCCUCCUCCUCUUCCUCCUCCUCGUCUAGUUUUGUAAAUGGUGCUACAAGCAAGAACCUACCAGCCGUGCAGACUGUGGCUCCAAUGCCUGAGGACUCUGCAGAAAGCAUGAGGAAAAGGAGAAACUCUGAGUUUCCCUCCAGCAUAUUGCAAGUGGGACACGGGGAAAGCGACCCGGUCCAGCACGGCAAUAUCACUGCCAAAUUAGAGAGAGCACUGGAAAAGGUUGCUCCUCUCCUGCGUGAAAUCUUUGUUGAUUUUGCCCCUUUCCUGUCACGGACGUUGCUUGGAAGUCAUGGACAAGAGCUGUUGAUUGAAGGCCUUGUGUGCAUGAAGUCCAGUACAUCCGUGGUGGAGCUGGUAAUGCUGCUUUGCUCUCAGGAAUGGCAAAACUCUAUUCAGAAGAACGCUGGUCUGGCCUUUAUUGAGCUCAUCAAUGAAGGAAGACUCUUGUGCCACGCCAUGAAGGAUCACAUAGUGCGGGUUGCCAAUGAGGCCGAAUUUAUUCUGAACAGACAGAGAGCGGAGGAUGUGCACAAGCAUGCAGAGUUUGAGUCACAAUGUGCACAGUAUGCUGCUGAUAGGAGGGAGGAAGAGAAAAUGUGUGACCAUCUAAUCAGUGCUGCCAAACACAGAGACCAUGUGACAGCCAAUCAGCUGAAGCAGAAGAUUCUGAACAUCCUGACCAAUAAGCAUGGGGCAUGGGGAGCCAUAUCUCAGAGCCAACUUCAUGAUUUCUGGAGACUGGAUUACUGGGAAGACGACCUCCGCCGGAGAAGACGUUUCGUACGCAACGCUUUUGGUUCAACUCACUCAGAUGCCCGGUUAAAAUCUGCCAUUGAAUAUGGCACAGAGGAAGAUGUCAUGAAAUCAAAGAAGACUUUCCGAAGCCAGGCUGCAGUUAAUCAAAAUGCCGAAACGGAACUAAUGCUGGAAGGAGAUGAUGAUGCCGUUAGUCUGCUGCAAGAGAAGGAGAUUGACAACCUCGCAGGCCCUGUUGUCCUGAGCACCCCUGCCCAGCUCAUUGCGCCCAUCGUGGUGGCAAAGGGCACCCUCUCCAUUACCACCACUGAAAUCUACUUUGAGGUGGAUGAGGAAGACCCGAGCUUCAAGAAGAUCGACCCCAAAGUUCUUGCUUAUACUGAAGGCCUACAUGGAAAAUGGAUGUUCAGCGAGAUCCGAGCAGUUUUCUCCAGACGGUACCUUUUGCAGAACACAGCUCUGGAAGUGUUCAUGGCAAACCGCACGUCGGUUAUGUUUAAUUUUCCUGAUCAAGCCACCGUAAAGAAAGUUGUGUACAGUCUACCUCGCGUUGGAGUGGGCACCAGCUAUGGAUUGCCACAAGCCAGGAGAAUAUCUCUGGCUACACCCAGGCAGCUAUUUAAAUCCUCUAACAUGACUCAGCGUUGGCAGCGACGGGAGAUUUCUAACUUCGAAUACUUGAUGUUUCUUAAUACCAUAGCAGGGCGCACAUAUAACGAUUUGAAUCAGUAUCCUGUUUUUCCAUGGGUGUUAACAAAUUACGAAUCUGAGGAGUUGGAUUUAACUUUACCAGGAAACUUCAGGGACCUUUCAAAGCCUAUUGGUGCUUUGAAUCCAAAGAGAGCAGUGUUUUAUGCAGAGCGCUAUGAGACGUGGGAAGACGACCAGACACCGCCCUACCACUAUAACACACAUUACUCUGCCUCCACCUAUACGCUGUGCUGGCUCGUUCGCAUCGAACCCUUCACCACAUUUUUCCUCAAUGCUAAUGAGAGCAAGUUUGAUCAUCCAGACCGAACGUUUUCCGCUGUGGCGAGAUCAUGGAGGAACAGCCAAAGAGACACAUCCGAUGUAAAGGAGCUAAUCCCAGAGUUCUACUAUCUACCAGAGAUGUUUGUCAACAGUAAUGCAUAUAACUUCGGUGUGAGGGAUGAUGGUAAUGCGGUAAAUGAAGUAGACCUCCCACCGUGGGCAAAAAAUCCUGAAGAUUUUGUUCGGAUCAACAGAAUGGCGCUAGAAAGUGAAUUUGUUUCGUGCCAGUUACAUCAGUGGAUAGACCUGAUAUUUGGCUAUAAGCAGCGAGGCCCGGAAGCAGUGCGUGCGUUGAACGUCUUUCAUUACCUGACAUAUGAAGGCUCUGUGAACUUGGACGGUGUAACAGACCCUGUGUUACGAGAGAUCCCAGAAGCGUACUUUAUAAGAGACCCCCACACUUUCCUCCUUACUGGGGAUUUUAUAAAGGCCAUGGAGGCACAGAUACAGAAUUUUGGACAGACGCCAUCUCAGUUGCUUAUUGAGCCACAUCCGCCUCGAAGCUCAGCCAUGCACCUGUGUUUCCUUCCACAGAGUCCCCUUAUGUUUAAAGAUCAGAUGCAGCAGGAUGUUAUAAUGGUGCUGAAGUUUCCGUCAAACUCACCAGUCACACAUGUUGCAGCGAAUACUCUCCCGCACCUAACUGUCCCUGCAGUGGUGACUGUCACAUGUAGCAGGCUGUUUGCAGUGAAUAGGUGGCACAACACUGUGGGUCUGAGAGGAGCACCAGGGUACUCGCUGGACCAAGCCCACCAUCUUCCUAUUGAGAUGGACUCGUUAAUUGCCAAUAACUCUGGAGUCACCAAACGCCAGAUCACAGAUCUUGUGGAUCAGAGCAUCCAGAUCAACGCGCAUUGUUUUGUGGUGACUGCGGAUAAUCGCUACAUCCUCAUCUGUGGCUUCUGGGACAAAAGCUUCAGGGUAUACUCAACAGAGACAGGAAAACUAACUCAGAUUGUGUUUGGACACUGGGAUGUAGUCACCUGUCUGGCCAGGUCAGAGUCCUACAUUGGUGGCGAUUGCUAUAUAGUGUCAGGGUCACGUGACGCCACCCUGCUUCUCUGGUACUGGAGUGGGAGACACCAUAUCAUAGGAGACAAUCCAAAUAACAGUGAUUACCCUGCUCCAAGAGCAGUUCUUACAGGCCAUGACCAUGAGGUGGUCUGUGUGUCAGUGUGUGCAGAACUGGGUCUCGUCAUCAGCGGAGCUAAAGAAGGUCCAUGUUUGGUUCAUACCAUUACUGGGGAUCUGCUCAGAGCUCUGGAGGGGCCGGACAAUUGCUUGUACCCACGUCUGAUUUCAGUUUCCAGUGAGGGCCAUUGUAUUAUAUACUACGAGAGAGGACGAUUUUGUAACUUCAGCAUUAAUGGCAAACUCCUUGGUCAGAUGGAGAUCAGCGAUUCAACCAGGGCCAUCCUUCUGAGCAGUGAUGGGCAGAACCUCGUGACUGGUGGAGAUAAUGGUGUUGUAGAAGUCUGGCAGGCUUGUGAUUUUAAGCAGCUCUAUAUUUACCCUGGCUGUGAUGCUGGAAUAAGGGCAAUGGAUUUGUCACAUGAUCAGAGGACCUUGAUAACUGGCAUGGCUUCUGGUAGCAUUGUAGCUUUUAAUAUAGAUUUUAAUCGGUGGCAUUAUGAACAUCAGAACAGAUACUAAAGUUGACUGAAGUGCUGAAUGCCAAGUGUCACGCUGAGAGCACAAGCGCUGCAGUUAAAAGACGUUUGUCGUCUCUGGUGGAAGAGAAAGUUGCAUUGAGCUCCGUUGUACAUUCCAUUACACCCAGCAAUAGCUGUACAUUGUAGUCAGCCAACCACUUUACAUUGUGUGUUUUUCCACAACUGAACACCAGCUGCUAAAGGCAAAAUUCUGAGGAAUAGAAGGCGUCUCCGAAAUUGUUUCAACUUUAUUUAUUUCUGAAAAGUAGGACGCACUACAAAGAGACAUUCAGUCAUUCUGAAGACAUUUGUGUCCGGCUGCUACGGUGUUUAGUCCACAAACCUUACAUCCCAUUUCCAGCCUCUUUUCAAGCUGUGAAAAAAAGAAGAAAAAAAAAUAGAAAAGAAAAAAAUAUACAAAAAAAAUAUAUGUUUGAUACUUUGUACAUCAGAUGCACAUCUUUACAUUUAAAAGGGAUACUUUUGUAAAAGUAAAACCUUGUACAAAGAACAAAAAAGUUUCAUAGUUUUAUCGUGAAGCUAUAAACGUGCUUGUACACCUGACCUCCUGAUGGGUCAGGUAUAUCCGAGAAACAAAAGGAUGCAGCUUGUAUUAAAAGGUUGAAUAUGGUUUAUCCAAUCCUUUUAACAUUUACACCAAAAUAUGCUUUGCACUUUUUUUUUUUCUUUUUCUUUUUUUUUUAAUUUUACCCCAAGUGAAAGCCCAUAAACCGUUAAAACCUAGGGAUAUGAAGCCAUGGUUUGCCAUAUAUCUCUCAUAAGAUACAUAUUUUCUGUAGGUUUUUUUGUUUAUUAUCAUUACGAAGGAGAGAUGAGGCAAAAUAUAUACAUAUAUAUAUAUAUAUAUAUAUACACACACCUUGGUAUUUCCUGAGUCUUACAUUUCACAGUGCCGAGCUUUUUGAUUUUUCUUUUUAAAUAAUCAAGUAAUUCAAAACCCUCUACCAUACUUGCGUAAGAGGUUAAAAAAGACAGAGACUCAUGUAUGUGAUUUUAUUUUUUAAUAUAUUGCUUAGGCUUUUAUUAAAAAAAAAAUGAUAAUAAAUAAAUAAAACCUAAUUGGUGUUAAUUUAUCAAGUUGUGGUAGUGGCUUCAUCUAGAGCCAUAAAUACUGCAGUGAUGGCUGGCAAAAUAUUUUCCUGCACAUUGUAAUGACAAAAGGACACACCCAGGGGUAAAUACACUUGUUUCUUCUUUGUAUAUUUAGUGACUGUAUUGUCAUAGAUGUACAUAUUGUGUCGGUAGGGAUAUGAGGCAUGUAACCAGGAAUGUCAUUUUCUCAGAAUUUACACUCACUCGCAGUCAUUUAUUUAAAAAUAUAAAAAAAAGUCAAACAAAAACUGAUAAUUUGUAUUGGCACUUUGCACCAGAAACAUAUCAUUAUUUAUUGAUGUGAUUAAUUAUUUGUUCUCCACCUUGUAUUAGUAAGUUUUACCACUGAGUUUCUUCUACAUUGUUGUUUGUAUUUUAAAACAAAAAAAGAAAAGGAAAGGAAAAUAGAUGAUUCCAAUACAUUUGCGGAGUCAGAGUAAAUAUUAAGUUAUUCAUCACCAGUCUGUAAGCAAUAUCUUGAGUUGUAGCUUAGAAUAGGAGGAUAUUGAACACUUGGAAGGCGAGUUCAUUUCAUCUUGAAAUCAUGGUGAAAUAUUUUGGAUAUAUCAAUUCCUUGAGCUAUUGUAACCAUGUUUUAUUGCAAAGAUGUAAAAUAUGCCAGAUGUGUUCAGUUGGAAAUAAAAAAAUAAUAAAAAAAAAUGAAAAAUAAAAAAAUGAAAAAUAAAAUAUGCAAACAA